CAAUCCAACCAAAGCUUCCCGGACGCUCGCUCAUGCAUAUUCGGGCAACGAUAUAAUCCAAGGAUUUGUAGUUACAUUAUGUUCCAGAAACCAUCGCACUUGCCUCACAUAAGCUCCUACGUACUCCUGCUUGAUCCGAUGCUCGGGCGCGCGGCCCACGCCAAGAAGCCGAGCAAGUUCGAAGACUCGGACAGCAGCCACAUGUCAAGACCCAGGGGAGUGUCUGAGCUGCCGCAUCGGCCAGCUCCGCGUCUGCCCCCGCACCUGACCAAGCCUGCCGCGACGGCGCCCGUCGUCUGGGAGGCGAACGGCGCGCGCCACCGUGGUCUCCUCGCCGCCGGCCGAGGGACGCCGCCGCCGCGCAGCCCGUUGCACGAGAAGAAGCCAGCAGGGUCGCGGGCGGUGGCGCUGGAGGCGAAGCUGGGGAAGGCGCACGACCAGCUCGCGGAGAUGCGGGAGCAGCUCGCGGCGGCCGAGAAGGCCAGGAAGGACGCCCGCGGCGCGUUCGCCGAGGCCAAGAAGCGCGCUGCCGCCGCCAAGAAGAGAGACCGAGCCGUCGACAGCGUGCCGGCAGAACAGCAGCAGGAUGCUGCAGAAUUCGCCGCAGACGGUGUUGCCGAUGGUGGCCGCGAGGAGACCAGAAGCAGGAGCUCGCCGGCCACCGACGUUCUCGAGCCGGCCUUGCCAGACACGGAGAACAGUGUUGCCCUCGUUGUUGCAGGCGGUGAUGGCGAGAUGAAGGGAAACCCGGAGGCGGACCAGCUGAUCAGGGCUAAGCUGGCUGCGAAGGACAAGGAGGCGUACGAGCUGCGGCCGAAGCUGAUGAUCAAGGACAUGGAGAUCCACGACCUGAGGACGGAGGUGGCCGCGAAGGACGCCGACUUCGACGAGGUUAUGGCGAGGCUGAUUGCCAAGGACGCCGAGACGGCCGCUCUCGGAGCCCACAACGCGCACCUGAGGAACACGGCCGAGGAGGCCACGAAGGCGAGGGGAAUGGCCGAGCAGGCGCUGAGGGAGAGCGCGGCGCGGGAGGCCCGGCUCGCCGAGCGGCUGGCCGCGUCGGAGCGCGCGCGGGAGGCGCUGGACGCCGAGGCGAGCCGGGUGCGCGUCCAGAGCGAGCAGUGGCGCAAGGCGGCCGAGGAGGCCGCCGCGGUGCUCGGCGCCGGCGCCGGCAGCAUGGGUGAGCAGCGGCGCGUCGGGGCGCGGGGAGGCGGCAAGGAGACGCGGCGGCGGCGACGGCAUGGCUCGGCUGGCAGCAACGGCGAUGGGAUGGAGAAGCGGGACGCGGCGGACGACGAGGGCUCCGGUGGCGUGCGGAAGGCUGGUGGCUCCAUGCGGGUGCUCACCGACCUGUGGAGGAAGAAGGUGCAGAAGUGAUCGGGAGGAGGGCAGGCGCGAUCGAUCGCCGUACUGGGAACGUUGCAGCGAUCGGCGCAUGGCACUUGAAAGUGGGAUCCAUUUCCAGAUCGAUCGAUCUCUGACGAGGAACAUACACGUGUUUACUCUAAAUUAUCAUUAUUGCUCGCCUUAAUUUUCUGGUAAUACUGUAACACAUUAUCAUGCUGUUUGAUUAUGAUAAGUUGGUUCGAUAAAAUAAAAUUUGGCUGUGGUUUCUCACGCGACCAACAGA